AUGAUGCAGAUUUUCCCAGAAAGUCUGAGCAAACUAUGGAGCUUGUGGGAAAUCGACGUAAUGGUGGUAUUAAGCCUCAUCUUACAAGGCAUUCUCAUAACUUUUGGCAACAAGAGGAAGUACUCAACCAGCAAAUGGCUCCGGUUGUUGUGGCUUGCCUACUUGUCCGCAGACUGGGUUGCAACAGUAUCCCUCAGCCUCCUUUCCAGCAAUUUAUCAUCAACAAAGCACAAAAUGAAUACCGCAGAUGCAGACGACCAAGACCAGAUUCUGACAGCAUUUUGGGCCCCGUUUCUUCUGCUUCACCUUGGCGGCCCGGACACCAUCACUGCAUACUCUUUGGAAGACAAUGAGUUGUGGUGGAGGCACUUGCUUGUGCUCCUCGUCCAGGUGUCCCUGGCUGUCUAUGUGUUUCUUAGAGCCUGGGCUGGUCAGGCACUUAACCUUCUAACCAUUCCAGUGUUUGUUGCUGGGAUCAUCAAGUUUGCGGAGCGGACUUGGGUUUUGAGGUGUGCAAGCAGUAAGCAUUUCAGAGAUUCUAUGUUCCGUCGUCCUGACCCGGGGCCUGAUUACGCCAGAUACAUGGACGAACUGCGCUCGAAGAAGCACGAAGGGUUCGAGGUUGACAUAGAGAGAGUGGAUGAGGCUCCCACCAUUGGUGAUUUUUCCUUUACAGCUCCAAGCAUCUUUCCAAAUACAGCCAAUUUGCAGCAUGCCGAUGUCUUCUUCAACAUUUUCAAAAAGCUAUUUGCAGAUCUCAUCCUCAGCAUCCAUGAUAUCUUGAAAAGCAAAUCCUUCUUCCAGAACAGAUCCUACUAUGAAGCUUUCAAAGUGAUUGAGAUUGAGCUUGGGUUCAUGUAUGAUUUGUUUUAUACAAAGGCUGUCCUGUAUAGUCUCAACGGUGCCAUUCUUCGUUUUACCAGUUCUGUUUCCAUCAUUUCCGUCUCUGUCGCCUUCCUCGUCAUGAUCGAGAAGCAAGAUUAUUCAGCAAGAAGUAUAAUUAUUACUUAUAUGUUGCUGGCUGGUGCUAUCAUCCUCGAUCUCUAUGCUGUGAUUUUAUUUCUACGGUCAGAUUGGGCAGUGCUAUGGUUUUGUAAGCACAAGACAGCAGCACAUUUGUUGUAUCCAGUGAUUUCACAUAUGUCGUUCGCUGAAAACAAAAGGUGGUCUAAUGAAAUUACACAAUACAACUUAAUUUUGAUCUGCUGCGAAGAUAAGCCGGCCAAGUACAGGUUCCUCCAAAAGGUCCCCGGGAUAUGCAGAAAAUUAAAGAAAUCAGUUGAAGUCCCUAGAGAGUUGAAAGAACUGAUAUUUCUGCAGCUGUUAAAGAAAUCAACAUGUGCCCCAAACUCUGAGGGUUACAAGGAGUUAAGGGAUCGUAGGGUCGAGUGGGUUCUUCAAAAUGAGAAUUGUAUCGAAAAACUUGGCUGGAGCAUUGGAGAAGAAUUUGAUCUCAGCGUUCUUCUUUGGCAUAUUGCAACGCAACUCUGUUAUUACUCUGAUCGUGAUCAGGACAAAUACCCAAACUCUUUCCCCGAUCCUAAUUGUGAAGCCAGCAAGUUGUUGUCCGAGUAUAUGUUGUAUCUCCUAGUCAAGCGUCCCUCCAUGCUGCCUAAUGGGAUCGGACAAAUCAGGUUCAAGGACACAUGCUCCGAAGCCACGGAAUUCUUCAAACAAAGAAAAUGCCAAAGAUCAGAACAAGACCGGGCUUGCAAAAAACUACUCGAGGUGAACAGUGAUGAGAUCCUUCCAGCUGAAGUAAAAGGGGAUGAAAGCAAGUCAGUGCUAUUUGAUGCGUGCAAGCUUGCUAAAGAUUUGGAGUCGCUGGAAACAAAGGAAAAUUGGGAGAAUCAGAAGAAGUGGCAGUUGAUCAGCCAUGUGUGGGUGGAAAUGCUAUCUUAUGCUGCCAGCCAUUGUCGAUGGAAUCAUCACGCUGUGCAACUCAGGAGCGGAGGAGAGCUGCUCACUCAUGUCUGGCUUCUCAUGGCACAUCUUGGUUUAACUGAACAACUUCAAACUUUCGAACUUCAAAAGGCCAUAGUAUUGAAUGUGCGGUGA